UAAUAAGUACCAAUCGAUUGCAGAAUUAUUGUAUAUUUUGGUGUUUCAUUUUAGGUGAAUUUACAAAAGCAAUUGUAAGAAAUGAAUGCUGUCGACGCGGAUGCUCAUUUGUUGGCCUUAAAGGUUAUGCGACUGACCCGUCCUACACUUGUUGGGCUGGGACCAAUAGUUACUUGCGAACCAAAGGAUUUGCCCCAGAGUUUUAAUCGACUAGUGGAGUUCGAUGGCAUUGCUCGAACGUCUGCUGAAGCACUCGGAGCAGGGCAAACAAUGCUUUUGCCUCAAUCAUUUGGAAAUAUUUACCUGGGCGAAACAUUUUCGAGCUACAUUUGUGUACAUAAUUGUACGACUCAUCCCGUUGAAGGUGUCUCUGUUAAAGUAGAUUUGCAGUCUAACUCAUCGCAAAUUAAUUUGCUAAUGCAUGAAAAUAAGAAAUCUUCAGUAGUAUUAACAGCGGACGAAACACUUGAUGAUGUUAUUCGAUAUGAAGUAAAGGAAAUUGGAACUCACAUAUUAGUCUGUGAAGUAAAUUAUACUAGUCCCGCGGGCUUUGCUCAAUCGCUGAGAAAAUUCUUUAAGUUCCAAGUGCUCAAACCACUUGAUGUUAAAACAAAGUUCUAUAAUGCAGAAAUGGACGAAAUAUAUCUUGAAGCUCAAAUACAAAAUGUGACUACCGGCCCAUUUUGUUUGGAAAAAGUUGAAUUGGAUAGCUCGGAACAAUAUACAGUCACUUCUCUGAAUACUUUACCGAACGGAGAGUCGGUUUUUACCUCCAAAAAUAUGCUUCAGCCAAAUAACAGCUGUCAGUUUCUAUAUUGCAUAAAGCCAAAAGCUGAUAUUGCAAAGGACAUUAAAACUCUACGUGAAGCAAACAAUGUAGGUAAACUGGAUAUCGUCUGGAGAUCGAAUUUUGGCGAAAAAGGCAGAUUGCAAACAAGUCAAUUGCAACGAUUGCCUUUUGAAUACAAAGAUCUGCGCUUGGAAGUUAUUGAUGCUGAAAAUAUUGUCAAAAUAGGAACCAUAUUCACAUUCCAGUGCCGCGUAACCAAUACAGCGGAGCACCCCAUGAAACUACAUGUUAAACUGGAUACAAAAGUUUUUCCCGGUUGCCCGUAUACGGGCUCAGCUGACUUUGAAUUAGAUAUAUUGCAGCCAGGCCAGAUAGCUGAAUUUCCACUUACAAUUUGUCCAUCUAAAUUGGGUCUGAUUAAAGUAUCCCCAUUACUUAUAGUCGAUACACUGAAAAACGAGCAAUUUAUAAUGACAAAAGUUGUGGAGGUGUUUGUGGUAGAUGCCGAUUACCAUCAGGAUGGUACCUUUUUGCUUAAUAAGCUUAUUCGUUAUGAAAAUCCUAUUGAUUCGCUAAUACAAAAGCAAAUUCAGUUACAGGUAGUUUAGUUUAGUACGAUGUAUUAAAUAUAAAGUUUCACAAUUUAUAAAUAUUUCAUGUUACCGUUGGUAUAA